GAGUUUGUUCUAGGUAGUAUGAUUCAUCCGCGACGACGACGACGACGACGACGACGACGUGUACAGCCGCAGUUUUCAUAAUUGUAUACCGUAUUUUAAGUUUUUGGAAGUCGUCCCUCCAUGGUGCGCGUACUUGAAACUGAUCACAAGAGAGGGGAUGGAUGCGAGGCAAAUUUAGGGCAUAUAUGUCUGGCCGCGUUUGCAGCGUUGUGCCGCUCUGCACGCCACGCGGCGGGCAGCUGCAGCAAUGUAGGUUGCUGCCGCAGCCUCCAAUUCUCACUCUCGUCCACAGGCAGCGAGCGUCUUCAUCGGCGCGUGUCUCUCAGGCGGAUUUGCUGGUCCUGUGCAAGCAAGACAAGACAUCAAACUACAAGGAAACUCGAUUCACUAAGCUACUAGCAUGCAUUUCGUUGGGUGUCGCCAUGGGAGCUCUCGGAUUUCCGGGCCGUAUCAAGGCAAGGGACCACCUGGCUUAUGCUGCUACAGCGGAGAUAGUGAUUACUACGGCGCCUGUUCAAGCUCCAAAUCAGAUUGCUACGCUGAAAGACAAAGCCAUGUACGCGCUGGAUUAUUUCUUCGCCACGAAACCGGCUGGAAAGGCCAUCAUGCUCAUUGCCAUAUGCGCGCUCAUGACGGCUCUCGGUGGUUUUCUCUAUUUCCAAUUUGCAAUUCCACAGACAUCCAAGGACUUGCCAGAGUCAUUCUGGACGGCCUGGACGUUCAUUGCAGACUCCGGUGCUCAUGCGAGCGAGGACACUUUCCGUAAGAGACUUGUCGCGGUUCCGAUCAGCAUAGGGGGAAUGUUUUUCUUCGCGCUGCUGGUCGGGCUGAUGACCGAUGCCGUUGCCAGUAAAGUGGACCAGUUGAGUAAAGGAGAGAGUAGAGUACUUGAGGAGAACCACACGCUGAUUAUCGGAUGGACGAAGAAAACAAUACCACUAGUGAAGGAGCUCGCGAUAGCAAAUAAAACUCGGGGAAACAAGAGAAGCAUCGUCAUUUUAGGAGAUGCUCCAAAAGAGGAGAUGGAUGGUGAUUUAAAGCAGAACCUUCCUCUGCCUGAUCGGUUCGGGACGAAAGUGGUUACCAGGAGUGGAUCUGCUGCAUCGAUAGAUGAUUUAAAGCUAUGCUCUGCAUCCUUGGCGAGAACCAUUGUCGUUUUGUCACCCGCAUUGAGCCCGCUAAAAGCAGAUGCUAUUGUUAUCCAGACAUGCAUUUUACUUGCAAACUCUCCAGAGAUACGUGCUGACAUAAUUGCAGAACUGGCAGAACUUGAUCAUGUGUCUGAAUUGCAAGGAAUUAUUGGCACCCUUCUUCCUUUCGGCCAGUCUAAGAUGCUGAAGGCAUCUACGAGCCCUUACAUGAGACGACGGAAAAUGGUGCCGGUUGCUACGGGUGACAUGGCUUUACGAAUAAUGGUGAAACGGGCACUUGAACCAGGAACUGUAGAAGUUUUGAAAGAGCUUUUACAGUUUGAAGGUUGCGAAUUCCGUCUUAAAUAUUGGCCGGAGCUCGUGGGGAGGAAAUUUUCAGAAAUGAUUUUUCUUUUUCCGGAUGCUAUCCCUUGCGGUUUGAGGAAGACACUUCCGUCUGGCCAGAGCUGUACACUUGUAAAUCCUCCACCAGAAACUGUCAUCGAGGAAGGUGAUAGGUUGCUGGUGAUUUCAGAGAACGAUGAAAGCUACAAGCCUGCUGCAACAUUGUACGUGCCUCCCCAUGUACCGAGCUUGACUACAAAGGCCAGCCACAAGAAGCCGAGUCUCAACGUGCUUAUUGUUGGAUGGAGAAACGACCUUGACGACGUGCUGCGUCUGAUAGAUUCGUCUGUUUCAAGAGGGAGUCAAGUCACUGUCCUCUCAAUUGUAAAACCGCAGGAGCUGCUUGAGGACGAUUUCAAGCUGAAACAUGCGAGCAUUCGACAUAUAUACGGAGAUCCAUUGUCUCUUAAAGUUCUUAAAGAGUUGCCGGUAGAAGCUUUUGACAAAGUUAUAAUAUUGAUGGAUGAAGACAAGGGUCCGGAUCUCAAUAACACGGCAGUAACCGCGAUGUUCAUCCGCCAUAUACAGAUUGAAAGAGGCCGAAAGGACUCGACAAUUGUGGCCGAGUUACCGACGUUGGAAGAUACUGCACUCCAGGAAGUGCAUGGUGCGUGGUUGGACGAUACAGUCGAUCCAGAUUACCUUCAAGCCAUGGUUCUUGCCAACCUUGCCGAGGACGUGGACGUGGGAUCCGUCCUGGACAAGGUCGUGGGGGAUUCGCAGAACACAAUGGUGCUACAGCAGGUGACGAGCUACCUCCAGGGCGAUGUCGAAUCAGAGAAACUCACUUUCUGGGAACUGCAAGCUCGAGCGGUCCAGAAAGGGGAGAUUAUAGUUGCUCACAAAUGCGCAGCUAAUGGGAACCAGUGGGUGACGAAUCCUCCCAACAAGUCGGAGAAGCUAGCUUGGGUGGCGGGCGACGAGCUCCUUGUUCUUCCAAGAGCUUCUUCCUGAGCGUAAGAACAUAUGCCGUGUUUGGUAAUGUAAUUGCAUUACAUUGUGGUCAUAAGUUGCUAGGUA